UUUUCGUGUUAGUCUGGUGGUAUGACACGCUCCGGAACAUACGGCGCCGAGUGCAUCACGCUCUUCCCGAUACAACGUGGCGGCAGUAGCAAAGUACGACGAGGAGGUCGCAGCCGAGGUCGUGGCCGGGCGAGGGCAGUCGCCAAGGUGGGUUUACGCGGCUUGGUGAACGAGCUGUUGGUGCUGGAGACGGAGCGUUUCGCACGAUUGUGGGCUACGUCUGAACCUGGAGAAUCCUGUCCGCACAGGUGUGUUGGCGUCGGGGGCUGGUGCUGCGUCCUGACAGAUCAUUGAUUGAUCAUUUGUAAAUGCUGGUGUUGUUGUGGGAUGCCAUGGAGUUGCCGCCCUGUAUCCCUCCACGCCAGGUGUUGGCAAGUCAAUAGGUAGGUGUGUCUUUAUUAUUCGCAUCGACCGUGCUCCCGGGUGGCCAAUGAAAAGACGUUAGUGCCAGCGAGAUAUAUAUC